AUGCCUCGUAUCUUGAUUAUAGGAGGCUCCUUCGGGGGCCUUGGAGCCCUGAAAAGUAUCAUCAAGAAGGGACAGAAUCUGACACAGCAGCUGGACGUCACGCUGGUGGAGCCAAAGCUCGGAAUCCUCAAUAUUCUCGGUAUCCCAAAGGCGGUGCUUGAUCCCGAGUUUGCUGCCGAGUCGUUUGUUUCCUUUGAGCGCGCCAACGUGUACUGGGACACUUUCAGGCUGCAGGAGGGAAUGCCUUUUGACACAAAAAAGGUGUUGAGAAGCGAAAACGGCGAUAAUCCGCACAUUGGCAUCUUUGGCGAGGAGCUUAAGUACAAUCCGAACCUCAAAUUGCAUUUUAUUCAGGGACACGUUAGUGAACUGAGUGAUACGGUUGCCCGGGUGAAAAUCCAGAAACUUGACAAGGGGCGACUGCCUGACAGGUAUAAGCCUACAAACGAAGCGGAAGAGAUCGCUGUUGAUUUUGAUGCUUGCAUAAUUGCUAGCGGACGCACAAGAAAUUGGCCUUUGGAUCCGCUGUCUUCGACCACUGAGGAGCUGAAGAAGGAAAUGAGCGAGUCAGCGGACGAGAUCAAACGCGCAAAGAAAACGGUCAUAAUUGGUGGUGGCGCUCUGGGCAUCGAGCUUGCGGGAGAAAUCAAGCAUCAGUUCCCUGAAAAGGAGGUGACUCUGAUUCACCCACACUCGACGCUGCCCCCAGAGCCGUUGAUUGGUGAGAGGUUUAAAAGCCACACUUUGGAGUUUCUUCAAAAACUAGGCGUCGAGGUUCUUCUUAACACACGGAUCAAGGCUGAACACGACGGCGGCGUACUGGAGACCACAGACGGGAGAACUCUCAGCGGCGACCUCAUCUUCUGGUGCAACUACAAACGGAACAACGUGUCAUUCCUGUCCAAGAACUUUCCUUCUGUGUUUUCAACCAACGGCGAUAUUCUUGUUACGCACCAGUUUGAAAUGAAAAAAGACGACGGGAAGAUCAUCGACAACAUUUUUGCAGUUGGUGAUCUAGCAGAUCUGCCGUUGGUGAAAACGGCCGGAUGGGCCUUUAGACAGGGAUGUCAGGCUGGAAAUAAUGCUACUGAACUAGUGCUCACGGGAAACAAGUCCAGUUAUGAGACCAUCAGCCAGGAGUUUCUCCAUAAAGGAGGCAUGCUUCUGGUUGUGGGUAUGGAUCAAAGCAUAUCAUAUCAAGAUGUACAAGGACUAUAGACUCAGUAGUAUGUUUAGUACGUACGGACUAACGAAAUAGACUAAUA